AAAGAAGAAAACAAAUUAAACAAGUUAAUCAACUACAACGUAAAGAAAAUGAAAAAAAUAAAAAUAAAAAUUCUUUAACAACUCAAAAUAAUGAAACUUCAAUUAUUCAAGUACCAAAAUCUGUUAGAGUUGAAGAUUUUAACGAAGAUGACUAUAUCACAGAGAAUGAAAUCGAAGAAGUUAUUGUAACCGGAGAAACAUCAAUAUCUGUUCAUCAAGAUGUUUGUCAAGAUAUUGUUAAAAAAAGAAAACUUGAUAUUGAUAAAAAUUAUAGUAAAAAACAAAAAAUUAAUUUAAUCUGUUUAGACAAUAAAGAUAGUGUGAUUGAAUUAAAUAUUCAAGACGAAAUUAGUUUAAAAAUUGUUGGAAAAU